AUGUCUGUCACCUCGGCAACCAUCGAGGCCAUGUGUAGGCGGCACCCUCCACGCAUCAAGCCAGAAGAGAAGGUCUCUUCUGCAGCGGAGGACUCCCGGCACGGACCUGCCGGUCCCAGCCUCUGUUGCGAGGAUCUGCCAGAGGUCAUGAUUGGCCCAGGUGCCCUCUCGAGGAAGGGAAUCAAGGCACCGCUGGAAGCGGCCGAGACCUGGGAUUUCUGUGCGGACUCUUCGAGUGCGGAGGAUCACAGCCUCGAAAGCUAUCAGGAACGUCAGUCGCCAGAGGUGGCAGUCCAUCUGCAAAGUGAGCCAAGCGGUCCGGCCCCUCCCUGUCUCCUCGGAUCUGAGUGGCCUUCGCUUCCGGAAGCGUUGGAUGACUUUGUUGAUUGCGACACAGUCUCGCUGUCCUCCUGGCUGGACGUCGGCGAACCCAACUGGGCAUGUGAUGAGGAGACUGGCGCGGUGAUCGUCUGUCCUGAGGAGAACAAGACCCCAACCUGGGCCGAACGAGCGCGGCUGCACGCCGAGCGCUCUAGCAAGCCUCGAGGUGUGCCAAUACCGCCAUUUGUUCGGGUGGCGGCUCAGAAGGCUACCCUCCAGAUCCUCACACCGGUCGCAGAGGAGGAUGCGCUGGAUGAAUUGGAGCGACGACGCUUGCGCCCAGAGGUCUCCCGUGGGACGACGCAGCGCCGCCGCAAGCGCUGA